GCGCUCCAAUCCUCCAACACAGUCGCCACUUACGACGCAUCAAUCAUGGCAAGAACACCCAUACUCGCCUUGCACCUUCUCGUAGCCCUUUGCAUCCUCUCCAGCGCGAGAACAUCCUCGUCAGCUUCCAGCGAUGUCGAUGGAUUCAUCGGCUGCCUCUCCGCGGGCAUUCCGCUUUCCCUCAUCCACACCCCAGCAGCCAACUCCUAUUCCUCGCUCCUGAUGUCCUCCGUCCGGAACCUCCGCUACGUCUUGCCGGGCACCACGAGGCCGCUCCUGAUCGUUGCGGCCACCGAGCCCGCCCAUGUGCAGGCCACCGUAGUCUGCGGCCGCCGCCACAGCGUCCGCAUCCGCACGCGCAGCGGCGGGCACGACUACGAGGGCCUCUCCUACGCCUCCGUCGACCCCGACCAGCACUUCGCCGUGCUCGACCUCGCCGAGCUCCGCGCGAUCAGCAUCGACGCCUCAAGAUCCGAGGCUUGGGUCGGGUCAGGCGCCACGCUCGGCGAGCUCUACUACGCCGCCGCCGCCGCCAACCAAACGUUCGGGUUCCCCGCGGGCAACUGCCCCACCGUCGGCGUCGGCGGCCACCUGAGCGGCGGCGGGUUCGGCGCGCUGUCGCGCAAGUACGGCCUUUCCGCCGACAACGUCAUCGACGCGGUCGUGGUGGACGCCGAGGGGAGGCUGCUGAACCGAAGCACCAUGGGGAAGGACCUCUUCUGGGCCAUCCGCGGCGGCGGCGGCGAGAGCUUCGGCGUCGUCCUGUCCUGGAAGGUGCGGCUGGUGGCCGUGCCGGAGACCGUCACCGUGUUCAGCAUCCGCCGUCUGAGGAACGAGUCCGCCGUCGACCUCAUCACCAAGUGGCAAGCGAUCGCGCCGGCCCUCCCCAGGGACCUGUACCUCCGCGUGCUGGUGCAGAACCAGCAGGCGAACUUCGUCGCCCUGUUCCUCGGCCGGUGCGGCGGCCUCGUCGACACCAUGCGCGGCCACUUCCCGGACCUCGGGAUGACGGAGCGGGACUGCCAGGAGAUGAGCUGGGUCAAGUCCACGGUCUUCUUCUUCUACAACACCGCCGACCGGCCGACCGAGGUGCUCCUGGACCGGCGCAGCGCCAACUACUACCUCAAGGUGAAGUCCGACCACGUGGCGGAGCCCAUCCCCAGGCAGGCGCUGGAGGGCAUCUGGACCAAGUGGCUCGAGCAGCCCGAGGCGGCGCUGAUCAUGCUCGACCCCUACGGCGGGCGGAUGGGCAGCAUCCCGCCGUCGGCGACGCCGUUCCCGCACCGGCACUACCUCUACCAGUUCCAGUUCUUCUCUUUCUGGUUCGAGAACGGGACGGCGGCGCUGGAGCGGCGGCUCAGCUGGGUGAGGGGGGUGUACGAGGACCUGACGCCGUUCGUGUCCAAGAACCCCAGGGCUGUGUACGUGAACUACAGGGACCUGGACCUCGGGACGAACGAGCUGGAGGGCAACGUGACCAGCUACGCCAAGGCUAGGGUUUGGGGGGAGAAGUACUUCAAAGGUAACUUCAAGAGGUUGGCGGCGGUGAAGAGCAUGGUGGAUCCUGACGAUUUCUUCCGGAACGAGCAGAGCAUCCCUCCUCUUCCUGCUGCCAAAGGGUAGAGAGCUCCAUGCGUUUGAUCGACCAUCCGUGCCAAUUAAGGAAAAAUAAUUAAUUCGUCUCUCUCUCUCUCUCUCUGUGUAUGUAUCGUUUUCCCAUUUAUUAUUUCGUGUGGAUUGGAAUAAAAAUUUGUCUAUGUGAUGAAGUAACGUGUACUUAAUUAAAUUGUUCACUUGAUCUCUUUGAAAA